UGGGCGAGGGGGCGCUAACUGACCCGCCCCCGCCGCUGGGGGCGCGCGGCGCCGCGCUGCACGCUGCUGUGGAGCGGGGCGCGCUGCCCGAGCUGCAGGUACUCAUGGAACAACUCGACUCAGAGUACAACAAACGCAAGCUGGUGGCGUGCCGCGACGAGGCCGGGGUGGGCUUACUGCACAAAGCGGUGUACUACGACCACCAAGACAUCGUCGAGUGGCUCGUACACAACUACCCGCAACUAGUGCAUCAAAGGGAUUCGCUAGGCCGCACACCUCUCCACUACGCGUGCUGGGAGCGGCACGAGACGGCGGCGGCGGCGGCGCUGGCGGGCGCGGGGGCGGCGCGGGGCGCGCGGGACGCGGCGGGGGCGCCCCCGGGCCGGGCGCGCACUCGCCCGCCGCUACCCACCGUAAGCGACAUGGCGCGCGACAACCACAGGCCCUAUAAAGGGCUGGUGAUCAAGCGCCACAACAUCCGCAUCUGGUGCCAUGAGUGCGACAUGGCGCGGCUGCAGCGAGCCGUGUGGGAGGGCCACGGCGGCCGCCUGCUCACCGAGGUGUCCAACCAGCCCACCGUCAGGAAGUUCCUGGAGGCCGUGCCGUAUAUCAUGAACACGAUCCGUGAGAUCCACUCGGCGGUGGUGCACAACAAGCUGGAGGAGCUCAUGAAGCAUGCAGGGGACCCGGUGCCGCCGCAGGCGCUGUCCAGUCGCGACGUCAACCACAUGACUGUCAUGCAUAAGGCGGCGGGUCUGGGUCACGUGGCGAUCCUCAAGUACCUGACGGACCGGUACCCUCAAGGCAUCAACGACACUGACGACGAGGGCCGCACGCCGCUGCACUACGCCGCCGCGGUCCGCGAUGACCAGCACACCUAUAAUACCCUGGUCGGGUUGGGCGCCGAUGAAACUGUUGUCGAUAAUAAAAACAAAACACCAGCAUACUAUCUAAAUAAGCAACAGGAAAUAGAUAAGCAUCUUUUGAAGACCAUCCCUGAUGCUCCACGCACGGCGUCUAGCUCCUACCCACCUUCAUGGGAUUGGAAGCUCCUAGACGCCGAAGUCAUUACAGAAUUACAUAAAAAGUCCAGGAGGAAACCGAAAGCAUCUCAUGAGAAUGGAUCUUCUACCAACAACACUAUAUCUGAAAGCACUAGGGAGACUCGCAUGGGUGGUAUGAAAAAUAGUAGCACGCACGAACUCAUCAAAGGUUUGCCUGAACUAGAUGACUUUAAAAAAUCACAAGAAGAUGUUUCACACACUAAGGAACCAGACAUAGACGAAGAAACCAACCAAACUGAAACUAAUGAUGUGGCACCUCCUGAAAAUAGUGAACCAGUGGAAGAAAAUGGUGAAGUAUCAGCCGUGGAUGAUAUUCAGGAAAAUAAUGUUCAAGAAGCUGAUGCUACUGAAACGGAGAACGAAAAAGAGGAUAAAGAAGCCGAAAAUAUUGAAAAUAAUGAUAUUGAGUCCAAGGUUGAUGAUGAGGCUGAUAAACCAACAGAAGAAGGUACUGAAACAGAAGAUGUGGACCAAGAUGAAGUCAAUGAUAAUAAUGGUGACGAUGUUGAUGAAACCCAAACCAAUAAUAAUGAAGAUGAAAAUAAAGAUCACGAUGAAGAAACUAAUCAUGGUGAAGAAAAUGUAAAUAAAAUUAAUGAGACUGAAGGAAACGAAAUUGAAGAUGGCCAAGAAGGUAUCCCUCAGGAAGAAGCCACCGAUGAUGGUGAUGAGGUGAAAGAAAAUGGAUCAAUUGAUGAAACUGAAAACAACGAAGAUAUGAAAGAAGAAAAUAAAGACGGAAAAAAUGUAACUGAACCAGAGGAGGAUCCAGACACAGUUGUGAACGAAGGUAAUAGCAAGGAAGAUGAUGAUGACGUGCAAGUACAGGGAGAUACAUCUUCAGAAUAUAGCGACUCUAAUCUAAGAAGUACAGCGGAAGCAUCGGACACAGCCAGUGCCAAGAGAGGAAACGAGACCAACGGCCGUAAUAUACAAGAAAAUCUAAUAGAAGGUAUUGUAAGUGCUGAAGCUGAAAUGGACUCGCAAGACGCUAGUGUGAAUGAGAGAGAGGAGUCCAUAGAGGGGGAAGUGCUCGUUGUCGAUAAUGAGAUUGACCCUGAGGUGACAGAACUGAUAAAUAGUGCAAAUAUGGAAAUGUUGGCUGCACUAGUGCUGAAUGGUGAAGGGCUAAGAUUAGUGGGAAGACAGUCAAGAAAUCUCGAAUUACAAGCAUUUCUAAAUAACGUGCCAACGUAUAUGAAAAAGAUUAACAAAGUGCAUAUAGCAGCACGGGAAGGAAACAUUAGAGAUCUACAAGCGGCUUUGGACCGACGAAAAUUUGCAAUAGCGAGAGAUUCUGCCUCUCCCAAUGGUGCUACUCCUCUUCAUGUAGCCACCGUGUUCGGAAAAACUAACAUCAUGAAGUACCUAGGAGGAAGGUUCCCUGAAACACUGUCAGCUGUUGAUUUUGAAGGACGUAGUGCUCUACAUUAUGCAGCAGUGUUACCAGAUAAUGGACAUUAUUAUAUGUUGUUGCAACAACUUGGUGCCAAUUCGAAGGAUUUAGACGAUAAUGGACGAUCUGCUGAAGAUUAUCAUAACGAUCCGAGUUUACUACCGUUCGAUUCACUUGUAUCAGAUUUUGGAAUAAGUGAGGAAACAGUACAAGACAUGCUAUCGGAUAAAGGAACCGAGCACGCUGCCAACGGCCGUAUGGACAUUCCCAUCUUCAAAACGGACGAAGGCAGAUAUCUAGCCCAGUCUCUCGGGGAUCCUUUGAUCAAAGGUCUAACCGAAGUGGCGAACGUUAAACCGAAAGACCCUGUUGCGUUUCUCGCGAGUUUCCUGCACAAUUUUCCUGAACAAGAAAAGCCGCGAUUAGGUACGGAGGAGUCCAACGUGCUGAUGAUGGACGUGUCGGCCGAGGUGGACAACGAGCAGCCGCCGCCCGCGCCGCCGGAGCCCGCGGCCCGCACGCGCACAGCCACGCUGGCCCCCGCGCCCAUCGACGUCAUCACCGUCGAGCCACAACCUGAGCACAACGCUGACGCACCUGAGGUUGCCUUCAGCAGUGCCAAUAGGGACGAGCACGGCCAGUCGAUGCUGCACUUCGCAGCGGCGCGGACGCACACCAAGAACGCCCUAUUCGAGCUGCUGCAAGAGUCGGACAUCAACCUCGGCUACAGAGACGAGUUGUACCGGACGGCGCGAGACGUGUCGCUGCAGGCUAAUGUGCCGGAGAAUACCGCGGAGAUAGACCGCUGGAUCAUGCAUCUUGCGGCGAGAGGAAACACGGAGAAGAUCAUGGAGCUGUUCCUCGAGGGCUACGACCACAUCCUGGACGUGGUGGACGCCGAGGGCGCCGCCGUCGCCGAGGUGGUCGCGCAGCGCGCCGACGCCGACAUGGCCAGCCUGCUCGCCUCCAUACCCGCUUUUGAAGACUCCCGCGAAUCCCUCCACGGCGCCAUCCGGCGCGACGACCUGUCAACGGUCCAGCAGAUGGUCUCCGCCCAAGGAGGCCGCACGCUCGCUCGCAGCAAGAACUCCUUCGGUCGCACCGCCCUGCAUGUGGCUGUGCUGGCGCAGAACGAGGAGAUCGUCAACUACCUGGCACAGCAGUUCCCGGAACUGCUCCGGAUUGGGGACAACUUAGAGCGGACGCCUCUGCACUACGCAAUGGGAGUAGACAAGAUAGAGUCAUUGAGCAGGGUGCUAAUCAAGGCGGGAUCCAAGCGAGUGCUCAAAGACCUCAAGGGCCGGCAACCUUCGUAUUACUUCAUGAACAAAUCUGACAUACUACGGCUGAAGGAAGAGGAGGAAGUGUACUGAAGAGUGCUUUUCGGGAGAUCAUAGAAUGAGUUUGGCUAGCCAACCGCACCCGUCGGAAAUGCGGUAUCAAACCUAAAGCUAUUGCUUCAAUAUGGUUGGAUUACACUUUUAUUCGGAUGUGGCGACAUAAUAUGGCCUUUUGGUAUCAACUUAUUUCAUAAAUAGGUCAUAACAUCACAUCUAAAGGUAUCUGUAACACGUGAUUUGGGUUGCUUAGGGGUUUAGGAAAGAUUGUUAUAAUUAUUGUAAGUAACUACAUAACUUUUCAUUUCGAAAACCGAUAGAUAGUAUUCGUGAUGGUGAGUUUGAUGAGAUUUUUUCGUAGAUAGACUAGAUCGAUAGUACGAAGUUACGAUUGUAGUAGAUGCAGUAUCAAGGCACACAUGUCGGUAUUGUUUGUAGAAUACCUAUAUUUAAUGCCAACAAGAGAUAAAUCAUGUAGGUUUAGAGGUUUGGUUUGCAAAUAGUUUCGACUAUCUGGUUACGAUUAGAGGCCAAGACUACUGAAUAGUUUUGUAUUUUGAAGGCUUUUUAUGCACUUUCAUUAAUUAUCAUUAAAAUUAGAUCACUGUUCAAUUAAAAAAGUAAUUAUAUACAUUUAAGAUCUAAUAAACAAGUAGAUUGUGUGCCGAAUGUGAUAAUAAGUAUUUGAAGUGAACGUAUUCAGAAAUAUUUUUCUAUUUUUAACUUACUCACAUAAUAUUUGUACUGUAGGGGACCCUGUUUGUAAAACAUUUCGAAAUUUCUACAUUAGAGUACCUAUGUAUAUUAUAAUAAAACACAAUUGUACGUAUAAAA